AUGCCGACAGUACCUCAAGGUGGCAAAGUCCUGGUCUCUGGUGCAAAUGGCUACAUUGCUAUGUGGACCGUGAAGAUACUUCUCGAGCGGGGUUACCGCGUUCGGGGAACAGUACGCUCUGCAGACAAGGGAAAGUUUAUGAGCGAUUACUUCGCGAAGCUCGGUUAUGCGGAGGCGUUCGAAUUUGCGAUUGUUGAGGAUAUCGUCAAGGAAGGCGCGUUCGAUGAAGUCGUCAAAGAUGUCGACGCUAUUGAGCAUAUGGCAUCGCCAUUCCACUUCAAUGUCAGCGACCCACAAGAAUUCUUCAAGCCUGCCAUUCAAGGAACGGUUGGCAUCCUCAAGAGCGCCGUGAAAAACGCAACUCGCGUCAAGCGUAUCGUCAUCACUUCUUCCUGCGCGUCAGUUCUCACUCCGGGCCUGUCCGUGCCCAAGGUCUUCAGCGAGAACGACUGGAACGAGGCUUCGCCCAAGGAGGUCGAAGAGCUCGGUUCAAAAUCACCGGGAGCCUCUAUCUAUCGUGCAUCCAAGACGCUUGCGGAAAAGGCGGCAUGGGAGUUCUACAACCAGCACAAGUCACAGGUUCAAUGGGAUCUAGCCGUUAUCAACCCGCCAUUCGUCUUUGGGCCCGCCAUUCACGAUGUCACCUCGCUCAAGUCCUUGAAUACCUCUCUUCAAUCGUGGUACGACGUAGUCGUUUCUGAUUCUCCGAAGACGAAGGAGGUCCUUGGCCAGACAAUCCCGUGGGUGGACGUUCGCGAUACUGCGUUAGCACAUGUCCUAGCUAUCGAGAAAGAGGCUGCGGGUGGUGAACGAAUCAUCACUACAUCUGGAUCAACCAUUUGGCAAGAGUGGCUCGACGCUGCAAAUAGCCUCAACCCCAACCCUCUCCCUUCGCACAAGCUGGCUAUCGGGCUUCCUGAGAUCUCUCAGGGAGAGAAAGUAUACCUCAUCUCUUACGACAAAUCCAAGGAAGAGCGCCUCCUGGGCAUCAAGUUUAACACAAUAGUGGAGACGACGAAGGCGACGUUGGAGGACUUCGCGAGACGCGGCUGGUAG